AGGCGGUAUCAAACAUAACGCACGGACAACGUGUGUGUAUAACUGACUACCGAUCAAUUCUCCAAUAAACUGUCUCUGUGUGUGCUGGGGGCUGCACUGGCGACCCAGGUUCUUCUAUUGUCAUCGAAUUGUGAAGAGGUGGAUUUUGUAUUUUAUGUGGUCGUCGAUUAUGCAAAACAAGUCUUUCACAGCAUCAGUAGACUCUCUAAGAUGCGAGCUGUGCAACUUAAAAAAUUUGUGCUCUCCAACAUGGAAACAAUAUUUUGCGAUGAAAUUAAAGGCUAAAAUACAUGAGGAAAAUCUAAAAGGUUGACAUAUAGAGGAACCGUUUCUCUUGCACGACGUUGGAUUGUUUUUUAACAGGGAAAAUGGUGAAGACGUUUUUUGAACGGAUGUAUUGAGGAUGGUGUCAAGGAUUGUUCGGUUUGCGGAUCAACGGAGUCUUCGUGUGCAGUUAGCGUGGCAGGAGCGGACAAGCGAUGGGGUGUUCGGAGCCAGUUUCCCGCAGGUGACUCUGGCAACGCGCGCUGAGUGAGAGGAUCGGAUAUUGGAGUUUAGUCGAGUGGCAAAUAUUUUUUGCCAGAAUUCUGUGGGGGGGAAAAAGGAAUUAAUGAUCUCGCUUUUCUGCAAGUGGCAAAAGCUGAUUCAAGAUGGGCAACAAUCAGUCGGAAACGCUCGUUAACCACUACACAAAUUAUAGCAAUGGCCAGGUGGUGGAGUACGUACCUUCAAAUCAAGAACCCUGCAAGAGUUGGUUGCUGCUGCCGGCCGAAAACCUCUGGUCAGUUCCUCUCCGCGGUAUUCUCUACAUCACUGCCAUGCUGUAUAUUUUCGUCGGCAUCGCCAUCGUGAGCGACAUCUUCAUGUGCAGCAUUGAAAUGAUCACGAGCAAGAAGCGGAAGAUUCUCCGCUGGGACUCGGAGAGCAAAAAACACGUGGAGAAAGAGGUUCUCAUCUGGAACGAGACCGUGGCCAACUUGACUCUCAUGGCGUUAGGCAGCAGCGCCCCUGAAAUCCUCCUGAACAUCCUGGAGACGUGCCAGCACGUGCAAGACUACGACCCUAACAACCCCCAAGACAGUUUGGGAACGUUUACCAUAAUCGGCAGUGCCGCUUUCAAUCUUCUUAUCAUCACCGCUAUAUGUAUCUCCAGUGUGCCUUCGCCCGACGCCAAGAAAGUCAAGGAGUUUGGCGUGUUUAUGGUGACUUCGGUCUGGUCCAUCUUUGCCUAUAUUUGGAUUCUGAUCGUCGUGGUUUGGAACUCGCCGGGCGAGGUUGAAAUUUGGGAGGCGUGGGUCACGCUGCUGUACUUUCCCCUUCUCGUUAUGAACGCUUACUGCCAGGACAACGGAUGGUGGAUUAAGCGACCUAAGGUGGGCGGAACUGAACCCCAGUCAGGCAGCCAAAUGAACAUCCGAGUGGUCAACGGCAACGUAAAGAAACAUCACGUGUUCCACGGACCCUCCCCGCAACUUGCAGCCUUGGAAGCAGAAAGAUCUCAAAGUCAAAUGAACCUGAAGGCAACAACGGACGAAAGAACAAAUGACAUGCUAGUCUUAAAAGAUUUAGAGGCCGCACCGGAAGACGGAAGAGUCGAGAGAUCCGAUGAAGAAAAGAAGCAACUAGCAAGGGCAAGCAGUAGCAGAAACCGUUUUGCGUGCACAUUUACUCCUAGUUUAGGAGGGUUUCGGCACGCUGCGGUCCGUUCCAUCUUGGGGGGUAAGAAGCGCGUCAACGGGUACAAGCCUUCCUCUGCGAGCCACCCCCGCCUGAUGGAGCUAGUGGAUAAAGUCCGCACGAUGCAAGAUGGCAGCUCGGAGGUUCCCAUAACAGAGGAUUUGAGAGGCAAGUUUACAUUUGCUGCGUCCAGUUACUCUGUGUUGGAGAGUGCCGGGAAACUUGAAGUGGACGUGUUAUUCCACAGAACCAUUCCGAAGAGUAAUGGUGCCCUAAUGGAAAACGGGAAAGCAGCAGCUUAUGAAGUUCAAGAGGACAACAGUAAGAAAGAGGAUGAUAGCUACAUCAAUUCUGUCGUCAGCAUCUCGUACGAGACAAGAGAAGGAACGGCCAAAUAUGAGACGGAAUUCAGAUACACGCAAGGAGUCCUGAUCUUUCAAGAGACAGAGUGGCGUAAAUCCAUCUCCAUUCCCAUCAUCAACGACAACCAAUUUGAGAACAACAUGGACUUCUACGUCAUCUUGAAGAAUCCUGACGGAGGGGGUGCCCUGGGUGACCCCAGCUUGACCCGGGUCACGAUAAUUGAUGAUGAUGUUCCUGGUGAGUUUUCCUUCGACAGCGCCAACUAUGCCGCAGACUUGGAGAAAGGCAUCGUCACGGCGACUGUAUUAAGAUCAAACGGCUCGGACGGCACAGUUUCAAUACAGUAUGCAACAAUGGAUGGCACAGCGCGUGGUGGCCUGGAUACCAGUGUAGCAGACUACCGGGCAACGUCAGGGACGCUACUCUUUGAGCACGGGGAAACCAGCAAGCAGAUCGAGGUCGAAGUCAACAGGAAAACCAAGGAUCCGAAGAACUUUGUGCUUACAAUACGAAACCCAAGCCUUGGAGCUAAGCUAGGUGAACAUAGUGCAGCUGUGGCCAAUCUUGCGCUCGAUGACAUUUCGGAGCGUCUGGCCAAUCUGUUAGCCGAAAACGAGGAAGAAGAGGAAGAAACAUGGCUCGGCCAAAUCAAAAGUGCAAUGAAUGUAGGAGGUGACAAGGACGAGGAGGGCAACGAGAUCCCGCCAGCCAAGAUCGAUUAUCUCUUUCAUUUCAUCACAUUCCUCUGGAAAGUCGUCUUCUCACUCAUACCACCAAGGAGUAUAUGGGGCGGAUGGCCAGCUUUUAUUCUGUCGCUAGCCUGCAUAGGUGUACUCACUGCAAUAGUAGAACAGCUUGCGACACUGUUCAGCUGUGUACUGUACUUCAAGGCAGCCGUUGCUGGUAUCACCAUCGUUGCGCUGGGCACCAGCGUACCGGACAUGUUCGCCAGUCGUACGGCAUCCAUUCACGACCAGUAUGCAGACGCUGCUAUUGGGAACAUCACAGGAAGUAACAGCGUGAACGUUUUCCUUGGCCUGGGAAUUCCGUGGAUCAUCAGCGUCAUGUACAACCUAGCCACCAAGAAAGGACCGUUCAGGAUAGAACAAGGAAACCUCUUCAUGUCGGUACUCCUCUUCACCGGUAUCGGGACCCUCUGCAUCAUCAUACUCAUCAUGAGAAGAAAGCUUUUUGGAGGUGAGCUAGGAGGCCCCAAGAUCACGAAGCAUUUGUCGGGAGCAUUUCUGGCCAUCCUGUGGCUGGUCUACGUCACAAUCAUGUGUCUUAAGGCGUACACUGUGAUUUAGAAGUGUUGCUUGACAACAGAUGCAUUCUGUGUUGCCGUCUCCUGUCGUACCCGAGAGCUAUUCAGAUGAAAGUGUGAAGCAUCAACCUUUGUGGGUUGUGGUGGACGUUACGCUGUAAAUCUACCCCCAGUUGGAGACAAAAUAUACCCCGGCUUAAGGCGCUUUUCCAUAUGCACAUUUUUUCCCCCGUUAAGUCUGUGUUCAUGUGUUUCAUUUAUCAGGCAUGCAACUUUUCCUCGGAUCAGCUGAUUUUCUCAUUUUCCACCUCAGACUUUUGCCAUUUAAAAUUGAAAAACACUGUACAAAGUCCUGUAAAGAUUGGUAUUUCCUCGUUUUUUGUUAAUUCCAUGUUGCAUGCCUGAUUUAUACGGACACAAAAAUCGACUUCAUAUUGUAGCACACAUCCCUUUUCAUAUGUACACAAACACAGCGUGUCCGUUCUGAUCGCCCGUCAAAAUCGCUCCAAGACUGAUUUUGACGCAUAUGCAAUGCUUCGCACAAGCGCAAUAACCCGGCCAUUAUCAUGUUGCCGUCAAACCGUCGGAUCGAUUGCAAGCAAUUUGCUUUGGAAAAUUGCAUGGACCCAAACCUUGUGACUUCAUUUUUUACUGGAAUGAUUUUUUUUCUGUAAGCAUGCAGCUGCAACCAGUAGACACAUUUCAAAUUUUGACGGCUUGCCGUUUUCAUUUUCCUACCUUGCUAGCCAAUUUCAUUUCGCAUACUUCACGUAUAUAUGGAAAGGUAAAUCACGCGUGCGAAACGCAUCGCGAACGCAACGCAUACGCAACGGACACAACACGGACUGAAAACGUGCAUAUGGAAAGGCGUCUUUAAUCAGUUCGGUUCCUUUGAGGCAAAAUUACAUAAUAUCCUCACUAUGCAGUCAAAGUCCAGAAACUAGACCAAAAUGGUUUGCACAUGUAUAACAUUGCUGGGUAAAAACAAAUAAGUGUGCUAAAAUAUAUAUAAUUUUGCAAAAUUAAGGCACUUGAUUUGAAAAACAAAAUACCUAUAUUACAAUCAAAUUUAAAACUUGAACAAAACAUUAAGUGUUUUAAUUUGUUAAUACAUGUAUGCAAUGACAUUUUGUUGCAAUCAACGUUACAACGAUAUCAUAUAAAUUUACAACAGUUUGCAGCUAUGAGUUUCCUAAUUUGGUUCAUAUAGUUCUUGAAUUUUGACAAUCAGAUAAGAUUUGGCCUACAAUUAGUAGGUUCCCUUACAGUUUUACCAUUUGUCUAUAAAGGACCUUUUUGUAUUGAUUACUGUUAUUAAAAUAUGUGGCACAGUGGAAAUAAAUGAACAAUAAACAAUUAUGAACAAAAUUGAUAAUCAGAACAAGAAAUGUAAACAGCGGCAAAUAACUUUUAAAAUUUGUCAAAAAAAUAAUAAUUGGAAGUACGGCACAAAAUUUAAGGUAUAAAGGAAAACAGUUCUUUUGAUUGAGAAGAUUUUAGUUUAAUUUUUUGCCGUUCGUGUGAGAAUCAAAAGUAUAAAACUAACGCUAUCUUUAUAAACUCAGAUUCGUGUACAAAACAUUCCACUGUCGAUUUUCGCAAAGUUUUUUUAUAAUCUAAAGAUACAAAGUAAUACUAAUACCUCAUACAUAUUCAUGAUCAAGAGCCGAAUUCUCACUGGUCCAUUCACCAUCACGUGCCAGAUGCUAUUUUGACUGUUUACCAAGCGCGCGAGCGAGUAUUCACACACUGGGUAAAUACGCAUGCUUAGUAGACUAUAACCCGUGCGAAAGUCCACUACGCCGCUUUACGAAGCAAUUGUGGAACUAUUGCACUGGUGUAGUACGCACGCUUGUGCACAUGCGAGUAUUCACACACAAGGUAAAUACGCAUUCCUAGUAGACUAUUACCCGUGCGAAAGUCCACUUCGCCACUUUACGAAGCAAUCGUGGAACGAUCGCACAGGUGUAGUACGCACGCUCAUGUGUCUACUAAAAAAAGUCGUCCAUAAUGCGGUAUAAACUCUUAGGGGUUACUGUAUUUGCAAAAGAACUAAACUUUACUGAGGUUGAGCAAUAUUCUUCUGGUGAGCUGGACAAGUUUCUCCGAAGAUUUUAUGCCGAGGUGUAAUACUGCAACGGGAAAAUUUGACAACUUAAUACGUAUGAGGUAUAGUAAAACAAAUAUGACAUGGUUUAUUUCGGGUGGAUAGUCGAUAUUAGCUCCCCUCGGUAUUGGAAGUUGACAAAUUAGUUCCCUCGGCUUCACCUCAGGAACUACUUUGUCAAAUUCCAAUACCUCGGGGAGCGAAUAUCGACUGUCUACCCUCAAAUAUGUUAUAUUUGUAAAUUUUGAUAGGAUUUUAAACAGUGAGCUUUGUUGGUCAAUAUAUAAAUGUUCAAGGGUGGAUAUUAUGAGCAUUUAUUCGUUCCCAUUUCCAACCAACAGCGCCCUCGAUUGUUUGUCAGUGGAGUCCACAAAUUCGGUUCAGUUUAAAAAGAUGCCAAUUUUGAUGAAUUUAACUUCAAAAUCAAAACAAAUUUCUCAAAAUGUAACGAGUGUAAAUGUACCAGAUUGGAUGAUAUAUUGAAGGUAGUAUAUUUUAAAUAUGAGCUAAUUUUUAUCUUGUAUUUAUUUACAGAACCUUUUGUAUUCGGUGUUCGCUUCCUAUAUCCCUAUAUUACACUAUAUCGGCUGUUACGAACGAUCAAAUUUCAAAAUUUUAAUAUAUGUGUAUAUAUAAUCUAUCAUAUAAUUCUAUGCAUGUUCACAGAGUCUCAGCGAUUUUAACUAUGAAAGUAUGCCGAGCAAAUUUUGAUUAAUAUAAAAUUGUAAAUAUAAGAAUUGUUUUUUCAUAUUUAACACUUGUUUUUUGGUGUACUUAGCACAAAUGCUUUGUACGACCAAAAUAUAGCGUUGCUUUUUUUCCCUGUGUGCUAUUGUAUAUAACUGUACAUAUGGAAAUAUAUCGUUUAUUUCAGAUAUUUUGUUGUCUAGAUGUAAAAAGUUUUGACAAAACCACACCAAAAAGUGUGACAUCUGAACUAUUGUGUUUGAGUGGGUGUGCUUGACUAGAAUAUGUAAUUGGAUGAAUUUGAGAAUGAAGGUCACAUUUUUGUACAUUUUCCCCUUUGCAUAAAAAAAAAAAAAAUGUUUUCAUAUUUUCGGGAAAAUGCUUCUUUUCGUACUCUUCCCUGCAUAAAAAUUAUGAUUUCACAUCUUUUGAUCAAGUCGGUUGUGAUCAUAUAUUUAUAGUUCUUAUUCAUAAAAAAAAAAUCUUUUUAUUGUGAUUCAAUUCAAUUCAAUUUAGUUGACAUUUAUUUAGCACUCUCCAAUAAACCGAUACAAAGUUGUAUAAUGUAUGUACAGUUGACUCUUGUUAGUACAAAUUCUGUUAAUACAAAGUUCUGGUUAUAACA